GUAUAGCAUUACUUCCGUGUCACUGUACGUAUAUGCAAUGGUCACAUCACGAGAGCGCUCUCUUGUCACAGCAUACAUCACAGCCUCAGGAGCUCUCAUGCACAUGAACGGACGUCCGGUUUGAAGAUCUGAAGCUUGAAGCUUGAAGUGUCGAGACCUCAAUACACUUUCUGCUCUACGUCGCAACUCAUUCCACCUCAAAGGCAUCUUGGCUCUAGGGCACAGCACUAGGAACUGGUUGGGCCAGGGAAGGGACGGUCGACAGCUUUAGUACGAAAAUCAACAUCGCGACGACGUUCAGAGAGCGGGGGCUCUUCGCCCACGACACCGUAUCACCAAGACAUCCCGGAUGCCCCUCCUCACGCCUGGAGGCGACGAUGGUUCGCCGCGAAGCACCAGCUCCUCCGUCCACGGUCGUAAUGACCAUUCUUAAGUUCGUCAUUCCCUGCGUGGUGCUCCUUGUCCUGGGUGGUCUGCUCGUGUGGGAGCCGCACAUCGAGCUCGCGUUCUACUCGCGCGACUGGAUCCAAUCCGAGAUCGAGCCCAUCCUCCCGCUCGCAGGCUGCUUCCACCCCGACCGCGUCUCGUCGCAGUACAAUCUCUCCGAGGCCUUAUACGGACACAAGCAGACCGAAGUGCACGCGGGGCUCCCGCUGCGGCUCGGCAUGGACUGCUACGACUUCGCCGGCACGAUCCAGGGCCCGCGCCCGCUCGACGCGCUGGGCGGCGAGGAGCGCACGUACUACCACACGUACUGGCGCACGGACCUCGCCGCGUUUGGCCCGCGCCAGGAGUGGAUGCUCAAGUCCUUCUUCGCGACGCAGGACACGGACCACACGACGCUCGUGCUGUGGUCGAACGGCGACCUCUCGGGCAACGCGAUCCUCGCGAAGUGGCGCGAGCGGUUUCCGGAGGCGUUCGAGCUGCGGGUGGUGGACUACGGCGAGCUCGCGCGCGGGACGGAGCUGGAGGGCAGCGAUCUGCUGCGCGUGAAGGACACGCGUGCGUGGAUCGACGGGGACCUGGUCAGGCUGCUCGUGCUCUGGGCUUUCGGUGGCGUGUGGGUGGAUAUGGACUCGUUGCUCACGCGGGACCUGGCUCCGCUGCUCGAGCACGAGUUCGUGACGCAGUGGGACUGUUAUGACAAAAUCUACAUGCCCUUCAACGGCGCGCUCAUGCGCUUCCGGCAACACUCUCCGUAUCUCUGCGAGGCCUUCCACGUCAUGGUGACAUCUCAGCCACCACGCAAAGGGACGACCGACUGGGGCGCACUUCUGUACCUCAAGCUCUGGCGGCGGCUCGUCGCUGCUGGGGUCCCUCCAUUCAAGGUGCUGCCCUUCUGCUUCUCCGACGCGCGUUCAUGCAGGCUCGACAACCGACUGCCGGACCCCUUCGCGUCCGAUCCGAAGAAUGGGCAAUGGACCUUGGGGCUAGGGCGAGAAGAGGGCGGCGGGCUGGACAAAGCACUGGGGCGCAUUUUCUCGGUACACCUACAUAAUCAGUGGGAGAAGGCGUACCCCGCUGGUGGGUGGGUGGAACGACUACUUCUCCGGCGAUACGAGGAGGCGCUCUCGUGGAGCCGGAAGUCCGAUGACUUGUAAAACGUACUAAUUCGCUGGAUAGAGGGACUAUGCUCGGGUGUAACUUAUAUGCCACCGUUGGCAUUACUGUAGGUCGCUGGUAACUCUGUGCUCUCGCGGAUUGUGCAGUGCUCGGGUAGAGGCAAGCACAAAUCUGAACCCAUGUACGCUCAAGAACAAACAUCCGAUGGGGCCUCUUGCCCGCCACCUAGCAGUCCGAU